AUGGCACCUGAGCUUCCAUUAGUCCUUCGGUCUUGUGAGUUCAAUGACAUCAAGUUCACGUGUUCACCAGGUAUUUCAGGAUGGAUGAGACCAUCAGACCAUCUUCCUCUAGCAUACAGGCCUUACAUUUUUUCUGUUCACUCGGAACAUUGAUCUUUUUUAAUUAAGAUGGAUGAAUAUGUCAAUAACUUAUUUUUUCCGCGAUGAUAGUUUAUUAAUGAACAUGAUUAAGGGUGGUUUUAAAAUAAAUUUAGUUCUAAAUUUUGUGCAGUUCAGAAAACUGUGUUGCCCUUUUUGUGUCGUUUUCGAGUCUUGACAACUUGGUAUUUUUUGGAAGAUCAGAAAAUAAAAAACUGAAUUGGAUUUCGUUGAUCAUUGAUCAUCUACAACUCAGUAAGUUCUGGACCUACUUGGUCCUCAAUCAUAUUAUUCUACUGACGAAUAUCUCAAAACUGAAAUUCUCUCUAAAGUCUUCGAAAAUGCAACUCAUUAGAUCCCAUCCAGUUCAGGAAUAGGUAAUCUGAAAAUUUGACCGAGAUUUGCCCGACUUGGUCCAAGUCUUCAAAUCGUGGUUGCUAGUCGUUUGUCUUUUAAUGCAUCUCUGGGGAAUUCCUUAUGAGAAAUCUUUAAUAACGCGUAAACUUGAUCAUCAAUUAUGUUUUGGAAUUCCUUAUAUUUUUUUUAUUAUGCAUAAAACGUUAUGUUUUGGAUUUCGGGAUGCUUUUCUGUGCAUGAUCAUCAGUUAAAACCUUACAUUAUGAAUUCCUUAUGAGAAAUCUUUAAUAACGCAUAAACUUGAUCAACAUGCGCGUAGAUGCACAGCAAGCUCUCCGUCACCACCUGAGGAAGACACUCCAUGACUACCUUCUCCAAGCUGCAAUCUUCCAAGAGGCACUCGACUGCUUGUCUGACCCAGGUGUUCUUCAGUGCUUAUUUUCCUAAAAGCUUUCCGUCUUUUCCUCCUGCUCUGCACUCACAUAACCCACUCGGUUUGUAGGAGAAAACGACUAUCCCUUCAGAGAGAAUCCAAAGAAACCAAACCAUGUUCCUCUGUUAGCGCGGCAAACAGAGCGUGAGUAUUAUUAUUGUUAA